CAGUGGUCGCUGAGGGCGGAGUUACGUGUCAGUGUCGGGCUCCUGCUGCCCCCAGCACAGCUCGCUCCGCUGGCUCUGGGACAACAUGGCGCUGAAAAGGAUUCAGAAGGAACUUAUGGAUUUGCAGAGGGACCCCCCAGCACAGUGUUCUGCUGGUCCCGUGGGAGAGGACUUGUUUCAUUGGCAGGCGACUAUCAUGGGCCCCAAUGACAGCCCUUUCCAAGGUGGAGUUUUCUUCCUCACCAUUCACUUUCCCACAGAUUAUCCCUUCAAACCCCCCAAGGUGGCAUUUACAACCAAAAUCUAUCACCCCAACAUAAACAGUAAUGGCAGCAUUUGUUUGGACAUCCUGCGAAGCCAAUGGUCCCCAGCCCUGACGGUUUCCAAAGUUCUGCUCUCUAUCUGCUCCCUUCUCUGUGACCCCAAUCCCGAUGACCCUCUGGUGCCAGAGAUCGCUCACACGUAUAAAGCAGACCGGGAGAAGUAUAACAGACUAGCACGAGAAUGGACACAGAAAUAUGCAAUGUAACACACUCUAAAUAGCACAGCCAGACUGACAGACUGGAGAGGGAAGAGACCCUCCCACUUCUCUUGUUUAUCUUCUUGUGCCAACAUGCCCGCAAUGUUUUUAUACAACACCGACCAACCAAAAAAUAACCAAGCGACUCCAAGGAUGCCCCUUUCCCCUUCACAUCCAAUUCCCUGCAGCCCGGCUGAGGAAGAGAUUUGCCCAUUCUUGCUCUGAAAAUCUGCUGCUGUUAUAAAGCCCUUCAGCUUGUUCUAUUCAUACUCUGAAAUCCCAUGGGAUGAGCCCCUCUCCCCCCUGCACUGAGACUUCCCUGCCCUGGGAUCUGCUUUCAAGAUGCUCAUAUCACCUUACCCCCUUCUUAAAAUAACUCAGGACAUAGAUCAUGGGAUCCUCCCUAUUGCCCAGACCAGAAAAGCAUGGCCGACAGCUGCUGUUGCUGGAACAAGAGAAGCCUUUGUAGGACGAGGAGGGAGAUCAGGAGCUGCUUUUGUCUUCAGGCCUUUGACUCGUCCUGAAAUAGACACUCUCAUCUUUUAUCUGUUACCUGCAUGGAGAAGGCGAGCAGAGAUAUCUAUGGAACAGUGUGCAAUUCUUUAUGCACAGGGUUGCGGUACUGUUUUUGCAACGGCUGUACUCCCAGAAUGUUUGAUGAAUGGGGGAAGCUGGAACCCAAUCUAUUUUUAAUGCAUGUGACAGCUGCGUGCUUAUCACAUCAAUAACAGUUAAUGGUACCUUGGGGGUGUGUAUCAUCAAUGAUGGGUGGUACUUUGUAUCUUCCUAGCAUCUCCUAGAACUGGGUAGACCCUCUCCCUUUUGUUUACUUGUAUAAGAAUGUGUCAUUAACACCCAUCUGUGUUCAUUUUACCAUCAAACUAACUCAUAUCAUUGUGUGCGUUAAAGGAUGAUAUAUUUAGCUACACAAUUCUCGGAUGCCAAACAGCUCCUCACUCCACCUUAAGCCCUAGGUCUAGCAUCAACCAUUGCACUCCCCUCUCUCUCUCUGUUGGAGCAGAAACCCACAGGCCAUAGUUGUGGAGGCAAACCUUCUGCAAGCUGGACCACUGUUCACUAAAAUAAAGGUUACCCCAUACUGCUACA